AUGAAAAUCCGUACGUACUCUUCAUUUAAACCUUCAUCCGACGUACAAUUUAUUAAUACAACCAUACUACUAGACUCUCGCAAACCAUUCAUCCAGACCGUAACAUUGAAAGAGAUCCACAACGCUGUUCCAAAACAUCUCCUUCAAAAACAACCACUCACAUCAACGCGCUACAUCCUCCAGGACCUAUCUACCUCAACGCUGGUAUAUUUUGUCUUGGUUGUUGAUUUCUACAUCUUUGACAAUGAUGACAGUGUCUCACAUAUUUUUAUUCAAUCAAUAGGACAUGAUCGGGUCACGGAACGUUAUACGACGGCGUUGAUAUCAUCGGGUUCAUACUUCAUUCCUACCUCUUCGUCCUACAUCUUGCAUGGUGUGUGCAUGGGUCUGCAGUGA